CAUUAUACGGCCCAUUACGUAAAGCAUAAUCUCUUAUAUAAAAUCAUCCAGCAGAAAAUAAAACGAAUAACAAACGACUAUGGAUAAUUUAAUUAAUUGACUUGUAUUCUCGUAGAACAGACGCAGAGAGGUUGAAGACGAUGAUAACAGUAGGAUUUGCUCAACCCAAUUCUCUCUUCUCCUUCUCAACUAAAUCCAUCGACAAGCCACAAACUUCACGAACCAAAUGGGUCUCUUCGUCUUCUUUCUCGUCUACCCCUUCGUCGUCCUCUUCCGUUGAGACAUUUCAUCGAACAGGUUAUGGGCAAGUUCUUCAGAAAGAUGUUAUCUGUGGGAAGAAGAACAAAAGGGUUUUCUUCUUAGACGUUAGUCCACUUUGCUACGAAGGAAACAAACCCAGUUCACAAGCUUUUGGUCACUGGAUUUCACUCUUCUUGUCUCAAGUCAGCCUCACUGAUCCUGUCAUAGCUGUUAUCGAUGGAGAAGAAGGUAACCAGAGACGCCGAGAAUUGUUGCCUUCAUAUAAAGCUCAUAGGAAAUCACCAAAUCCUGGGAGAUACUCUAAGAGGCCACAUCAGUUCGUUGAUGAAGUUCUUAGGAAAUGCAAUGUGCCAGUUGUUAGAUUAGACGGGCAUGAAGCAGACGAUGUAGUGGCGACGCUGAUGGAACAAGCUGUGCAAAGAGGAUAUCGUGCGGUUAUUGCAUCGCCUGACAAAGACUUUAAGCAGUUGAUCUCAGAAAAUGUUCAGAUUGUCAUUCCAUUGGCAGAUCUCAGAAGAUGGUCCUUUUAUACCUUGAAACACUACCAUGCUCAAUAUAACUGUGAUCCACAGUCUGAUUUGAGCUUUAGAUGUAUAAUGGGUGAUGAAGUUGAUGGAGUUCCAGGCAUUCAGCACGUGGUCCCUGCGUUUGGAAGGAAAACAGCGAUGAAACUUGUGAGAAAACAUGGUUCUCUGGAGAGUUUACUAAGCGCAGCAGCUGUAAGAACCGUGGGGAGACCAUAUGCUCAAGAGGCUCUUACGAAAUACGCAGAUUACUUGAGAAGAAACUAUCAAGUUCUUGCCUUGAAAAGAGAUGUGAGGGUAGAGAUUCAAGAGGAAUGGCUGGUGGAGAGAGAUCCAAGCAAUGAUGCAGAAGUAUUGUCAAGCUUCUUCUCAACCUUGCAUGGAUAAUACUGAGAAGCUCAAGCACACCAUCGCAUCUUAGCUGAUAGCAAGUUUUUGUGACCUUGAAAAUUUAUCAUCAAAAUUGUAGUUCAUAUCUGAUUUUGUAAUAUACUUCAAUAGAUAUGAAUCCAAUUUGUUGUUUCAUGAGAGAUAAUCAGUUAUGUUUUCAGACUA